AACAUCAGAAAACAACUCAACAUAACUUUUUUCCUAUUGUUAAACACGCUACAGGCGUUGUUAUUGGUGUUUUACCGCGUUUCUUUAAUUUUGUAUAUUUUGUUAUUCUUCAAAAUUUUUAAGUUAAAAAUUUUAAUAAUUGUGAAUAAAUAUGGCAUAAUUGUGUGCAGUGUAAUGAUUUAUAAAGCAUCUCCUCUUCUUUAGUGUUGUUCCUUGGAAUAUAAAAACCGCGCAAACUAAGCCUAUCUGGAAAUAACCGCUACUUAUUGUUCUUUGUAAUGCGUAGUUGAUCUCUUUGUAAUAUUUUACUGAUUCUUAUCAAGUUUACUCUCGGAAUUUUUCUGAAUAGUAAUAAAAUGUUUCUUGAACAUAACGCAUAUGUUGAAAAUAAAUCAGUAGAUGAACGUAUAUCAAGAGCUAUUGAUAAUGAUCAUACUGCAGCUAUGAAAGCACCUAGUGUUAGUAAAAAGCAUUUAAAAAAGAAGAGCAAUGGCGAUCCUUACAAUCAAGAAAUGAUCACAGUGUGCAUGUUAUGUAAAAAAGCAUUCAAAAACCACAUAUUUUAUAGAAAACAUCUGAGGUUGCAUGAAAAAACUCUAGUCUGCACACUUUGUGGAAAAGUGUUUUCCAAAAAACAUCAUUUACAAGGACACAUGUUGACUCAUUCGAAACAUCAAUAUCAAUGUCAGAUUUGUCAUAAGCGCUUCUCCCAGAAAGGCAAUUACAAUCAGCAUUUAAAAUUUCACGCAAGCAAAAAAUUGUACAAAUGCAACAUUUGCGACAAAGAUUUCUCCCAGCAAGAGCAUUUAAAAGCUCACCUGCGCCACCACAAUAAUGAAAGGCCAUUCGAAUGUGAACUAUGCCAUAAAUCCUUCAAUAUAAAAAGCUCUUUACAACGCCACAUGAACUGUCACACAGGUGAAAAACCUUUUAUCUGUGAUAUUUGCAACAGAGGAUACACUAGGCGUUCAGUACUGAUGCUGCAUAUACAGCAGGUGCACGAAAAUAAGAAGCCUUUCCAAUGCGAUGAGUGUCAGCUGUGUUUUUCUCAGAAAGGAAACCUCCAAGCUCAUUUUCGUCGGAAGCACCUGCAGCCUAAAUCGGACGGGAAGCGAAGCAAGGAUAAGGAAGGCAAGAACAAGAGAAGUCUGAAACGAGCGAGGCAACGGUCGAAUGCCGCUAAAGUUGCUGCUGGCAAGAACUUUCCUCAUCUCAGUUCUUACGGAGAAGAUCCUUCGAAAAAGUUGAACAAAGCUCGCAUGGACAAUACAUCGCUCCACAGCUAUGCGAGCAAGGUCAAGGCUAUAGUGAAUCGUGGUGCUGCGAGGGUGCAAACAGCGAGGGCUUCAGAGGACCAAAAGUAUUUGAACAAAUCUAAGUCUGUAUUUCCAUAUGAGAAUGGAAACCGUAAAACACAGUCCAAUGGCCAGUCUACGUCGUAUAAUGCAGCGCAACUCGAUGCUUCCUCCUUUGAUAGCAAUAGUUCUUGUAGUUUAUCGGAUGAGGCUGUCGAUGUUGGCUGUAGCUCUAGCAGUGGCGAUGACAUUCCAGAAAUCAAUUUCCCUAGUAUUCUCGAGAACCAUUCGGAAGAGCCUUAUGAUAUGAAAGGUUACGAUUUUGAGAGCCUUCUGGAUAAAGGGUGGGAAUAUCUUGUCACGGAUAGCGAGAAUAUUUUAAGUUCCUCUUUAACUCCAGAAAUGGAUGUGUUUACUUCCCCUACUAAAGUUAGUACUUCACUGACAAAAAGUGAUCCUGAUGAUAUAUUUUCUAGUUUGUCUUGGACUGAUGAUCAGCCUUUAUUCACUGCAGAGGAUUUAGAGGAAAUCAAGGAUAUUUCGAGCAUUUCCGGUAUGAAUUCCUUAAUUCAGGGCAGCUUGGAGGGCAUAAAAUGUGAAUCUACCGAGCGAUCCAGCUGUAAUUCGAACAUUAAAAUUGGUAAUUCUUUCGUUUCAAAUAUGCAUAAGUAUAAUUAUACAGAACCACCUAUGGUAUGAAUCAUGUCUUUUUAUAUAUAUAUAAAUAAAUAUAUCUCAUAGCUGUCAUUCCUAUGCAGUUAUAUGAAAAUAUCGAUUAGGUACAACUUAAUUCUGAGACACACACAAAAGAUUAUAUAGAGAAUAGUAUAAAAAAUAUUUAUGUAUUGACGAAAAUGUGAAUAGGAUUAAUGUGCUCUGUUUAGCAGUAUUUGUAAGUGGGAAUGGUUUUUGUGAUGAUAUAUUUUCAUAAAAUGUGUGUAAGGUAUGCCAGUAUUUCAAUUUUGUGCAUUUGAUUCCUGUUAUAUGUAUUGACUCCAAAUAUUGACUUUGUAAAAUAUUAUGAAAUUUUUAAAAAACGAAAAAAAAAAUCUUAUCAAUUGUGAAUCAAGAAUAAAAUUGAAGUUUAAUUCAGAGCUUUUAAAAUUGCCGGUGUUCAUAAAAAGUAUUGCCACUUUUAAUUACUAUAAAGAGUACAAAAAAAUAAGGUUUAGGUUUGUCAGCUAUGAAUAUUGUAUGUAGCACUUUACGUACUUUCACUAUUCCUCUGUACCUUUCUGUAAUAAAAUGUUCUAAAAAGAA